CUGUCAACAUGGCGCCUCUCUGAGUUUAGCAGGAAGAGACGAUGUGUAAAUAAAAACGCUGGAGGCGUACCCCACCUUUAAAUAGUCGGUCUUUCGCGCUUAAUGACACACUGGGCAGCAGGCACAAAAUGUCAAACGACGGCGGCAAAAAACAAUUCUGGAAAAGAAACACCGCAAAGGUGCCUGGCAGCAUACGACAUGUGUACGGUGCUCAACAUCCCCCUUUUGACCCCCUGCUGCAUUCCAAUUUAAUGAAAGCUGGAAACAAGCCCCCGGCCGCAAGCAAGCCUGUGGCGGUGGCGGCGGCGGCGGCGGCGGUGGUCACGCCGGGGAAGAUGAAGAAGGCCACCACCUUCCAGGAGUUCGAGAGCAUCACCAGCGACGCGUGGGACGUCGGGGACGACGACGACGAGCUGCUGGCCACCGCCGCCCAGAACCUCAACAUCGAGGUGGUGAUGGAGACGGCCAACAAGGUGAUCGAGAACCACAGCAGGCAGCAGGAGAGGCAGAAGCAGAGGGAGGAGGAGGGGCCGCCGGAGAAGGAGGAGGAGGAGGAGGAGGGGGAGAGGGAGGGGGAGGAAGAGGAGGAGGAGGAGGAGGAAGAGGAGGGGGGAGGGGACGAGGCGCCCCCCGAGCUGCCCUUCAACAGCGACGGCAGGAUGGUGAAAUCGCUGAGCGAGGGCGAGGCGCGGUUCAGGUCUCAGAAAGACGAGGCUGGGGAGAGGGCCGGCCUCCAGCGGCACCAGUCCCUGCCCCACCGCCCCACAAUCCCCCUGGUGGCCCGCAUGGCGGACCAGAACACGUCCGGGAGCCUCGUCAUGACCGAGCGGGAGGCGUCCCGGCUGGACAAGUUCCGGCAGGUUCUGGCCGGGCCCAACACCGACCUCGAUGAGCUUCGGAAGCUGAGCUGGUCCGGAAUCCCGCGGCAGGUCCGGCCAAUCACGUGGAAGCUCCUCUCGGGCUACCUCCCGGCCAACGCGGAGCGGAGGGAGAGCACGCUGCACCGGAAGAGGCAGGAGUACUUCGGCUUCAUCCAGCAGUACUACGACUCCCGCAACGACCAGCACCAUCAGGACACCUACAGACAGAUUCACAUUGACAUUCCGAGAACUAAUCCUCUCAUUCCUCUCUUUCAACAAGCUUCUGUGCAAGAGAUCUUCGAGCGAAUCCUGUUCAUCUGGGCCAUCCGCCACCCCGCCAGCGGCUACGUGCAGGGCAUCAACGACCUCGUCACGCCCUUCUUCGUGGUCUUCGUCUUCGAAUACAUUGAGGAAGAGGUUGAAAAUUUCGACGUCUCCAGCCUGCAGGAGGAAGCCUUGCAGAAUAUCGAGGCUGACAGCUUCUGGUGCAUGAGCAAGCUCCUGGACGGCAUUCAGGACAACUACACCUUCGCCCAGCCAGGGAUCCAGAGGAAAGUGAAGGCCCUGGAGGAGCUGGUUAGCCGGAUCGAUGACUCGGUGCACCGCCACCUGCAGCAGUAUGAGGUGGAGUACCUGCAGUUUGCCUUCCGCUGGAUGAACAACCUGCUGAUGAGAGAGCUGCCUCUGCGCUGUACCAUCCGCCUGUGGGACACCUACCAGGCAGAGCCAGAGGGCUUCUCACACUUUCACCUGUACGUAUGUGCAGCGUUUCUGGUACGAUGGAGGAAGGAGAUUCUGGAAGAGAAAGAUUUCCAGGGACUCAUGAUCCUGCUGCAGAAUCUACCCACAAUGCACUGGGGCAACGAGGAGGUCAGCGUUCUCCUGGCGGAGGCGUACCGGCUGAAGUUUGCCUUCGCCGACGCGCCCAACCACUACAAGAGAUGAGGGCGUCUCUCGGCCUCGGCAGAACUGAUGAAUUGCAAGGCCCCGUCCCCUUUAUUUUUUUCUAGCUUCUUCCCAACUACACAGCUGUGAUGAGAUUAAAAGUGUGCUUUUUUCAGAUUUUGUGUUCGGUUCUUCGCAACCGGGCUGGGGAUGACUUUGAUAGUGUAAACAACGUGCACUCCGGUCUCAUCUGUGGCCUGUCCAGACUCCGCUGACCAAAAGACAAAAAAAACAAAACACAACCCUGAAAUGAUUUUCAAGCGAUCGACCUCCUGUCCCAGUACACACUUUCAGAGAGAUGUCUUGGCAAAAGUUUUCAGAGUCUGAAUUGAUUUUGGGAGUCAUUUUGCCAGCUGAGACUGCAGAAAGUGCUUGCUAAUUUGGAACCCGUUGUCUGACUGGUGUUACCUUCUUGACAGGGUUCAAAGAGAAUUUUCAGCUGACAUGGAACCGGUUUAAACUGGCUCAGUGAUGGGGUACAAGAACCUGUUUUCUGCUUCCAUAUUUUCAUCAUUGAUUUUUUUUUUUUUUUCAAAGAAAACAACAUCUUAAAAUAACCUUUUUUUUGAACAAAGGACUACCUCAGAGCAAAUCAGGAUUGAGUCUCCAUUAUACUGAAUGCGGAUGGAUUGGAUAUGUCAUUUGAUCAUGUGACAGUCAUGUACACUGUGUAAAUGUUGGUCUUCUGCAACAGAAUGAUUUCCUCGGUUUGCCUUAACCUGCGUAGCUGGUGGCAAUGGAGACAUUUUACUCACUAAUAGUGGGAGCAAAUAAUCUCAGCUGUUCUAAUGCAUUAAGCUGCAGAACAUGUUCUCUUGAAACAUGUCCAAUACCCCAUUUGAACCUUUAGCUAUUUUGAAUUAGUGUGCGGAUUCACUUAGGGACAGGUUGCUCUUGAGACGCUAAUAUUUUCAGUAUUAAAAUCUUUGAGGGGGAGUAUAGCUUUUAUAUUUUCCUGGAAUAUACUGAUUACCGGCUUUGGGUUCACGUGCCAGUUCUGUGAACAAUU